AUGCUGAGCUCACUCCAACAUACACCGACUCAGACACCGAAGGCUGACCCAUCCGCUGUCACCUCUCCAUACAGGAAUAAACCGCGGUACUCAUGCGCCAAAUGCAGCGCCACUCUUGCGCUGCAAGAUGAGCUAUUCAGCAAAGCAUUUUCAGGGCGCGAAGGCCGGGCACUUUUGAUGCACAAUCUGGUUAAUGUUCAGGUGGGCAAAUCUGAGGAUCGCACCCUUCUAACUGGACUCCAUACAGUGGCCGAUAUUUAUUGUCUCGGUUGCGGAGUAACCCUAGGCUGGACUUAUUUACGUGCUCACGAGCCUAGCCAGCGCUAUAAAGAAGGAAAGUUGUCUUAUAUUGUGGAGACUCAGCGCGUCAUCAAAGAAAACAAUUGGAUCCUGGGCUCCUAG